CUUGCAUGUUCAAUUGCAGCAGUGCCUCAUGUAUCGUUCUGAGACAGAUAAUCAGAGAUAAGCUAGUCAGCAGAAUUUGUUUACGUGAAUGGAUGCGUUCCGUCACCGCAACUUGCGGUACACAUCAUGGGUUUUCUGCCUUAACUGGACUUAUCAGUGUAGGGCUUUGUUUACACGAGGAUGUACAACGUGGCUGACACCAACGAAAACAUCAGACAUAACACCACCCACGCCUCUUGUAUUCAUACUCUGGCACUCAGCUGCUCCGGCGCUCUGCAAACAUGUCUCACGAUCCGGAGAGAAGACUAUCGACAGGCGGCGUACCACCAAUCCAAACCCGUGAUCAAUAUCUCGUCGAGGAAGUCUCAAGUCAUGACGGUACGUCCUGCUAUACUGUCUGGGUGCGCGAAGAGAUAGUGAAAGUUCCUCAGGGAUGGUCGGCCUCAGACUUCACCAUCGCAGAUAAACGCCCCCAUUCGUCUCUCCAAAUCUACGAUACAACGCCCAACGCUGCCGACCCGGACCACCUGAAAAACUUGGCAGAGAAGCUUCACAAGGAGACGCGUGAAAAGCGUGGAGUAAAUACCCGCGACCAGCCUGAUCGCAUCGACGUCUGGGGUAUCCCAUUUACUGCCGACGCGUCCGAGGAGGAGAGAAUCGCUAAGUGCAAGGCUCAGAUCUCAGCCGAGAUCGCUGCAAGAGAGGCUUCCGGAGAUGACAACUUCCACAUUCCCGAACUCCGUAGCCACUACCAGUGGAACCGGGCCAUUAUCAUCAUCGACCAGCCCGAAGAUUGCUGGAAUGAAGGUGAAGGUGGAUUCCUUGCUGUAUAUUGGGACGUCCACCCCAGCUAUCUGGAAAUGCUAGCCCAGGCAUACGGCGAGGAUUAUCAACAGCCAGAUAUGAGUGCGGUCCGCUGUACUCGUGAUGAGUUGGGCGAGCUGUUGGGGAGGUUAAGCGGCUUUUUCUAGCCAUCGUGCUCUGGCGUCACUGACCCUUCGAAACACGGUUAUUGCAUUCGGACCAAAAUUUCACACCAAAACCCAUGUACAAAAUACUCCCAAUAAAAACUCUACAACUAUGCAUAUAGAUCGAGCUACGAGUCUUCAUUACACCAUGGCAUUCACUA